UCGUCCUCAGCUCAGAGUGAGCCCUCCUCUUGCUGGUACUCUGGUCGGAGGAUCUUUGAACGCAUUGAAAGGCAUGAUGGCCGGCAGCGCGUGGAGGUCAAUGCUGUCCCAAGUGGUGGCGAGAUCCAGGAGAACCAGCCUGUCCUCCGCUUCCUUCUCCAGAGGGAUCCAGACCGUCACACUGAUUCCCGGGGACGGGAUCGGACCGGAGAUCUCUACCGCCGUCAUGCAGAUCUUUGAGGCGGCGAAGGCUCCCAUCAGCUGGGAGGAGAGGAACGUGACGGCCAUCAAAGGGCCAGGCGGCAGGUGGAUGAUUCCUCCUGAUGCCAAAGAGUCCAUGGACCGCAGCAAGAUCGGGCUGAAGGGACCCUUGAAGACCCCCAUCGCCGCCGGCCACCCCUCCAUGAACCUGCUGCUCAGGAAGACCUUUGACCUCUACGCCAACGUGCGACCUUGCAUCUCCAUCGAGGGCUACAAGACGCCGUACACAGACGUCAACCUGGUCACCAUCCGGGAGAACACGGAGGGCGAGUACAGCGGCAUCGAACACGUGAUCGUUGAGGGCGUCGUCCAGAGCAUCAAACUCAUCACCGAGGACGCCAGCAGACGCAUCGCUGAGUACGCCUUCGAGUACGCCAGAAACAACCAGAGGGCGAGCGUGACGGCCGUCCACAAGGCCAACAUCAUGCGGAUGUCAGACGGCCUUUUCCUGAGGAAGUGUCGCGAGGUGGCAGAAGGCUACAAAGACAUAAAGUUCACAGAGAUGUACCUGGACACCGUGUGUCUCAAUAUGGUUCAGGACCCCACGCAGUUUGAUGUCCUGGUGAUGCCCAACCUGUACGGAGACAUCCUCAGUGAUCUGUGUGCCGGUCUCAUCGGAGGACUCGGUGUGACUCCCAGCGGAAACAUCGGCGCUAACGGAGUCGCCAUCUUUGAAUCGGUCCACGGAACCGCCCCCGACAUCGCCGGUCUGGAUUUGGCCAACCCCACCGCCCUGCUGCUCAGCGCCGUGAUGAUGCUGCGUCACAUGGGUCACCAUGACUACGGCAACAAGAUCCAGACGGCCUGCUUCGACACCAUCAGGGACAAGAAGGUUCUGACCGGAGAUCUGGGAGGAAACUCAAAGUGUUCCGAGUUUACAGCCGAGAUCUGCCGUCGUAUCCAGGACCUGGACUGACGCAGCAGGAGCCUCUGUGGGGUCUCUGCCCCUCUGAAUGGAGCCGUUUCCAUGAAGAGCGGCUCUAUGUAUAUUUUCUGAGGAGGCGACGAAACAUUCACAGCUCAGACGCAAAUGUCUCAUGACCAAGAGCUCUCUGCUUCGCUUCUCACGUGUUUGGGUUUAUUUUAACGGUGGUCGACCGUAAUUUAUUUAUUGUUUCCUGUUGGUCUCCUGCCGCUCUUCAGAUUCAUAAACAAUACACAUUAAACAUUUGUGUAUAUGUAUGUACAUAUACACAUUAAACAUUUGUGUAUAUGUAUGUACUUAUGUGUGUGUGUGUAUAUAACAUAUAUACACACACACAGGAAUGAGUGUGUGUUUCGAGGAGGCUUCUGUUCACUCAUUAAACAGCUGAUUGGCGACAUCACACUCUAGACCUCUUGUUUCAUGAAGACUAUCAUACUUUAGUGGUAUUCUAUAUUUCAUCCAUGAGCAGAAAAUGGAAGUACUCGUCUUGAGAAAUGUUAAAUGUUAUUAUUGUAUCAUCAAUUAAUGAUCUUAAACCGUAAGCUUGAAUCCAUGUUUACACUGAUGACUGUAUGUAAACUCAAACGCAUGUGAACAUGUAGAAUAAUGCAAAGUAAGUGCCUUGCGUAUUGUAGUGGCCGUUUGUCCUUGGGACCAAUAAAUGAUUACGUCAAAGGGCCACUGA